GUGGUAUUCUCCUGGCCUUCGAGACAUGGCUUCAUGCGGUUCGAGAACUUCAAAGACAUGGCACGUAGUAUAAUAUUCUAGGAGUCGGACGGCUUGCGCGACAGCUGCACCGAAUGUCUUCAGCGCGCAACCGACGGGUUCCGUGGUGGGGUGGGCCUUGCGUGAACGGUGGGACCAUCCUUCGCUGGGGUGUUUCGCGAGUAGGACAGUCGUCUUACUUCAGGGCAUCCCCAGCUGAGAGUCGCCCUCAGCCGUUGCUCGCGCCGAUCAUCGUACACCCGCAUGCCAGCUUGACUGAUCUUGUCAUUAGUUCUUCAUCGCUUCCGCGGCAUGAUCCCUUCACUCGCGCAUGCCAGCCUCACGCCCUCUUCACCGCUCCUCCCUUGAGUUCCUGUGCAAAGUCGAUGUCCUCGGCGGCGACGUCCUUCCGCAUGUGGUACGCGCUCGUGUCGCCGGAAGAGCGCCUGCACGGGCGUGCAGCACUUGACUCGGGCAAUGCUGCGGAGGAAUGGCUGCGCGAGAAGGGAGGGUGGGCCGGAGAGCGGUCAGAACGGCCUAUGUUGCGCGCGAACGAGGUGUGUCCUCGUGAACUGUCAUGUACGUACCAGUUUUCGGUACUCAUCGAGCAAUCCAUGAGCAUGCAUGCAAGUCCGCCACCCGACUUGGAGAGGCGGUCGCACGACCACUACGCGCUACGCGGGAGGACUCUCCCGUGCAAUGCGUACCAGUCGAGCGGCCUAGUUCCUUGCUACGUCGCACGCAUCCGUAGGCCGUUGUCUCUGGUGCGAUACACUUUCACCUCUUGCCAGGUGCUACGAGAAUGCCCUGACUCAUCAUCGAGCGUUGGAAAAAAUGAGCAAGUAUGCACCGGCUUCAAAGUAUUCUCUCGAUUCCACGUGGGUGAAGGCGUGCGGGAGCGGACUGAGACCCAGCAUAGCGGGGUGUUUCGCAUGUGUCGCUGACGUCGUGAGCAGUUGCGUGCACGGUUCUGCGCGAGGA